AUGGCAGCUUUCCGCACAGUCAUUAUUGUUACCUCUAUUAUCUUAUACAAAGGUCUGCUGGGAACGGCCUCUCCAGCCGUUGCCAAUGAGUUCCAAAACGCACUCGACGCAUCAUGCAAAACGAUGGCAAAAGCGUACAACGCUGCCAACCCUGAUGUAUUCGGAUGGUCCAAUGCACAGAAGCUUUGUGUUGUACAGAGCGGGCAGAAUUCAAGCCAACCAAUGAUUAGGGAGGAAUCGGCUGCACAGGGGUGCAGUGGGGGAUAUCUGUCUUGUGUGGGGAGAGAAUGCUCUCAGUAUGAUCCUUCUAACUACCAAGACGGUGAAUCCGGCGCAUUUGCAGGCUGUCUUAUCUCUUGUGCUAUCCGUUGCAGUAUCUGA